UACACGUCACCGGGAAGCGUUUCGACCUCAAUCAUGACCUCUCUAUCUGCACCCAAUAAGCGCGUCAAAAUCGCAAUCGAUCGUGGCGGCACUUUUACCGACGUCUGGGCCCGUGUAGAAGGCCAAGAUGACAUCGUCCUCAAACUGCUCUCCGUAGACCCUUCCAACUAUGAUGAUGCCCCAACAGAAGGCAUUCGUCGCGUGCUUUCCAUCGUACGCGGACAGGAGGUGCCCCGAGGAGUCUUAUUACCAAAGGGGAAUCUCGAGUACGUACGCAUGGGAACGACCGUUGCCACAAACGCUCUACUUGAAAGAAAAGGUGCAAAGCAUGCUCUUUUGGUCACCAAAGGUCUCCGAGAUCUACUGGAAAUCGGCUACCAGUCACGCCCUCGACUGUUUGAUCUCAACAUCACCAAGCCCGACGUCUUGUAUGAUGAGGUUCACGAGAUCGACGAGCGAGUGACUAUUGAGGGCUUCGAUGAAGACGUAUUCGGCGUGCACAAGGCGACAGAAGAAAUUCCUGGGGUCUUGGUCAAAGGCACAAGUGGUGACAUGAUCAGGAUACUUUCUCCUCUCAAAGAGGACGCAGUACGAUCAGUUUUGAAGGAACUACGUUCCCGAGGGGUCGAUACAGUUGCUGUAUGCUUCGCGCACUCAUAUAUCUAUCCCCACCACGAAACCCGUGUAGGUGAAAUAGCCGCAGAGGAGGGCUUCUCGCAUGUUUCGUUAUCAUCGGCUGUGGCCGCGAAUAUGAUCAAGAUGGUACCAAGAGGCAGCUCCGCAUCGGCUGACGCAUACCUCACCCCCGAGAUCAAGAAAUAUUUGAAAGGUUUUCUGCAGAGUUUUGAGGGUGGCCAUCUGGACGAUGUCAAGACGGACUUUAUGCAAUCAGACGGAGGUCUCGUCAGCCACAAAAACUUCACCGGCCUCAAAGGCAUACUAUCUGGCCCCGCUGGAGGUGUAGUAGGCUUCUCCAGGACGUCAUACGUUCCCGAGAACAACGUACCAAUCGUUGGGCUCGAUAUGGGAGGCACAUCUACCGAUGUUUGCCGCUUCGGUGGCGUGUUUGAACACGUUUUUGAGACCACCACCGCAGGAGUAACAAUUCAAAGCCCACAGCUAGAUAUCAACACUGUAGCUGCUGGCGGGGGUUCGAUUCUGCAAUGGCGUAACGGCCUGCUGACGGUUGGCCCCGAGAGUGCUUCAUCCCACCCGGGACCUGCUUGUUAUCGUAAAGGUGGUCCCCUCGCAGUGACUGAUGCCAACCUCUUUCUCGGCCGACUGGUGCCCGAAUUCUUUCCCAAAAUCUUUGGGCCUAGGGAAAACGAGGCUCUGGAUACGGAAGUGGUCCGCCAGAAGUUCGUGGACCUCACCCAGGUCAUCAACGCCGAGACUGGUAAGAGUAUGAGUCCCGAGGAAGUGGCUUGUGGCUUCUUGGAUGUAGCCAACGAGGCCAUGUGCAGGCCGAUCCGAGCUUUAACUGAAGCAAAAGGCUACGAAAUUGGGAAGCACAAUCUUGCAGUAUUUGGUGGUGCUGGUGGGCAGCAUGCUUGCGAGAUCGCCUCGAAGCUUGGGAUCUCUACUGCUAUCAUUCACAAGUAUUCUAGUAUUCUUUCUGCCUACGGAAUGGCGCUUGCUGAUAUCGUUCAGGAGGCACAAGAACCCGUAAAUGUUAUUUACGCCGGAUCAGCGAUAACGGAACUUGACUCACGUAUCGAUGCGCUAAGAUCAGGCGUCAAAAAAGCUCUUUUGGCCGAAAAUAUCUCAGAAGGUGACAUCUACUAUGAAGAGUAUCUCAACAUGCGUUACCAAGGAACAGAAACGGCGAUGAUGAUAUUGCGCCCUUCGAGCGGAAAGUUCAAAGAGGCGUUCCUGGAACAACAUCUCCGCGAAUUCAAUUUCAUUUUCCCAGAAAACCGCUCUAUUUUGGUGGACGACAUCAGAGUGCGAGGUGUCGGUGGUAGUGGAAACGUUACCGCGGACGCGGAUAAGUUGCAUCACGAGUUAUCACAAACCAGUUUUAUUCCAGUGGAGGCCAAAUCGGUCGAGCGUGAGGUGAAAACGUACUUCGCUGGAGUCGGCCUGGUAGUCACUCCCGUUUACCUCCUAGAGAAAGUCGCCUCUGGAACGACUGUUAUUGGUCCAGCAAUGAUCCUAGAUAACACACAAAGCAUUGUGGUCGUACCCGGCGCGCAAGCCAGAGUUUUAUCUGCGCAUGUCGUCCUCGACAUACCUCAGACUUCUGCCAUUCGAACCUCAUCAACAGAGGUAGAUCCUAUCCAACUAUCUGUAUUUGCUCAUCGCUUCAUGAGUAUAGCAGAACAGAUGGGUCGCAUCCUUCAGAAAACCUGCGUUUCCCUCAACAUCAAGGAGCGGCUCGACUUCUCCUGCGCAGUUUUCGGUCCAGACGGGGGUCUUGUUGCCAAUGCCCCGCACGUUCCUGUACAUCUCGGUUCCAUGAGUUACGCGGUGCAAUAUCAGCACGAGCUCCUCAAGGGCAAACUUCAGGCUGGGGACGUUCUCGUCUCCAACCACCCUGAAGCCGGCGGCGCACAUUUGCCAGAUGUCACCGUCAUCACUCCCGUCUUCUCUGGAUCUGGCGAGAUCGCUUUUUACGUUGGCUCGCGUGGUCAUCACACAGAUAUUGGCGGUCUAGGUGGUACUUCUAUGCCACCGAAUUCGACCGAGCUAUGGCAGGAAGGCGCUGCCAUUAGAUCUUUCCGUCUUAUCCGUAAUGGUCACUUCGAUGAAGAGGGAAUCAAGAAAAUUCUUACCGCACCCGGCGACCUCCCUGGUUGUACACCCAGUCGACGUCUUGAUGACAACCUUUCUGAUCUCAAAGCACAAGUGGCUGCCAACAACAAGGGCAUGACACUUAUUCAGGCUUUGAUGGGCGAGUAUGGCCAGGACGUCGUGCAACUCUAUAUGCGUGCCAUUCAAUCCAACGCCGAGAUAGCUGUACGCGCAUUCCUCCGACAAACCUUGUCAAAGAAAGGCGCACACUUCAAAGGCGUAGACCAGAUGGAUAAUGGUUCCGAGAUCCACCUUGCUGUCUCUAUUGACGACUCCGGCUCGGCGAUCUUCGACUUCACCAACACAGCGCCAGAGAUGUACUCUAAUAUGAAUGCGCCUCCAUCCAUUACCUACUCGGCAAUCAUAUACACCCUACGCCUCCUGAUUGGCCUCGACAUCCCGCUCAAUCAAGGCUGCCUCUCGCCAAUCAAGAUCAUCUUGCCAAAAGGCAGCUUCUUAAACCCGUCUGCGGGCGCUGCUGUAUGCGCGGGCAAUACGCAAACUUCACAGCGUGUCUGUGAUGUUAUCCUCAAGACCUUCGGCGCCGCCGCUGCAAGCCAUGGCUGCAUGAACUGCCUUGGGUUCUUCGGCGAGGUGGCCAAUCCUGACGCAACUGGCAAAGAGCACUCGUAUGCCUUCGGGGAGACUAUCUGUGGAGGGUCUGGCGCAACUGGAAAUGCGCAUGGUGCCAGCGCUGUUCAUACGCACAUGACCAACACUCGCAUCACCGAUCCCGAAACAUUAGAACGUAGGUAUCCCGUCAUCCUCCGCGAGUUUGCUGUACGCAAAGGCAGUGGUGGGAAGGGUCGUUUCAAUGGCGGAGAUGGCGCGAUCAGAGAUAUUGAGUGCAGGGCGCCUAUUCGAUUCAGUGUCAUUACAGAGCGCAGGUCCAUUGCGCCGUAUGGAAUGCAAGGUGGUGGCACUGGUGCGAAGGGUGUGAACUAUUGGGUCAGGAAAGUGCCCAAGGAAGAUGGGAAGGAUGAUGAAUUUGUGGACCGAUGGGUCAAUAUGGGAGCUAAGAACAUGGUGGCAAUGGGAAAGGGGGAUCGAUGCAUCAUCUAUACACCUGGGGGUGGUGGCUGGGGGCUCGAAGGCGAUACGCUGGAUCCUAUUGAGGAAGAUGGACAGCGCGAUCGCAAAAAGGUGCAGUAUGAAAGGGCUGCGGGAAGUUUAGCUUCCAGGAUGAAUGCGCAGGCUGAAUCAAAUUAA